GUUUGUUUGUGGUCUUGUAUACUAUGGAAUAAUGUUCAGCUCUCCUAGUAUCGGUGGUAAUAUGUACCUGAACUUUUUCAUUGCUGCUUUAUUUGAAGCGGUUGGCAUGUUAAUAGGGAUUUAUCUCUUUAACUGGUUUGGUAGGAAGAAAUCAAUCGUUGGUAGUUUGUGGGUGGCUGGAGUAGCAGCGAUUAUUGCUGCAGUGCUUAGUCAAUAUGACGAUGAAAGUGACGGCUAUCUUGCUGGUAAAAUUCUGACGUCAAUGGUAGUUGGGAAGCUCUUCAUUACUAUAGCAUUUGAUGGCGUGUUUAUUUAUGCUUCAGAACUCUUCCCCACCGUUAUCAGAAAUACGGCUAUGGGGUCUUCUAGUGCUGCAGCUCGUGUAGGAUCUGCCUGUGCUCCUUAUAUCGUGUACUCACAAAGAGUCCAUCCAUUGAUGCCUUUUGGUAUUAUGGCAAUCAACGCUCUGAUMUCUGGAAUACUAUGCAUGACUCUCCCAGAAACCAAGGACAAGGCCAUGCCAGACACCAUCAAACAAGUCUAUAUGAACAGCCAGCACAGCGGGAUUGAUGCCGGAAACACAGACGACGAGACUACAAAGUUAGCGCCCAGUUAUAUUAUGCUGGAGAGUACAGCAUAGAAAGAUGUUAAAAUGAUCAAUGGACUAUCUGCACAAGAAGUCAAUACACCGUUUUCUUAAGGUCGCGUGCGCAUCCAACUUGACGGGUUACAUAACUGAAAAACGCAAAUUCAGUAAAAUUGAGAAGCCAGUUUUAUAUUUAAAGAGGAGAAUAAGCGAUUUUAUGAAUUCUUAUCGAAAACAAUUUCAUAGCAAUGCAUGAUAAUACUCGUGUUCUGGUAUCGUGGCCCGUCAAGUUCCUUAAAUUUGGAUGCGCACGCAAUCUUGAGAAAACGGUCUAUUGACCCUACCCUCGAAACGAGCGGUCAUGUCAGACUAACUUAGAGAAAUAAGACAGACCACCUAUCAUAGCUGUUUAUUCAUCGCACGAAAAGCUAAUUUUACGCAUGUGUACUAAGUAAGUUAAAACAUGAAGAUAAACAUAUAAUGGACGUAUUUAAUAUAAUUUUAGACUUGAAUAUAGAGUUUCACGCGCCGUGAUUGGUCGAGCGACCAGGGAUUAUGAGACGAUAAUGACUGCUCGAGCGGUGAUUAUGAGGUUUUCCAAAGUUUGCCAAUACGGAAGUAAUAAAAAAUGCAUGCGACAAGGCU